CGAGAGGCGGCGGCGCAGCGGCGCGCGCCUGGCUUUGAAUGAGGGGCGGUUGGCCAGGGCGGAGGCUGCGGGAGCGGCCGCCUCGGCCCCUGGCGCCCCGCGCCCCCCGGAGAGCCCUUCUCCUCCUCCUCGGUCCUCCUCCCUGGGGCAGAUAACUUAAGUCCAGGAUGGCUAAUAAGGACUGGAACAGGACUGGGCUCUCUUGAAUUCUGGUUCUGUGUCUGAGAACUUCUCCAGUGUUGCGAAGGCAAUAUUGGAGCAGCCUACCUAAUGAUCCACCUUCCUGACUCUUCCUAACUUAAAGCCUGGAAUAUAAAAAGUGAUUUAAAUGCCAUAGCAUAUUUGAAAUCAAGCUGUCCUUCCAUGGAAUACUCAUGGCCUGAGGAAAAUGUCACAGGGCUGCCUUCUCUUCUCACCAGGAGGAAGGGUUUCUCACCAUGGCCAUAACGCAGUUUCGACUCUUUAAAAUCUGUACUUGCCUGGCAGCAGUGCUUUCUUUCAUUAAAAAGUUAAUAUGCAGGUCUGGAAGAGGGCGAAAGUUAAGUGGAGACCAAAUAACUUUGCCAACCACAGUGGAUUAUUCAUCUGUUCCUAAACAGCCUGAAGUAGAAGACUGGUCUUCGUGGGAUGAAGAUGCACCUACCAGUGUAAAGAUUGAAGGUGGCAAUGGUAAUGUGGCUGCUCAGCAAAAUCCUUUGGAACAAAUGGAACCUGAUUAUUUCAAAGAUAUGACACCAACUAUAAGAAAAACUCAAAAAAUAGUUAUUAAAAAACGAGAGCCUUUGAAUUUUGGGGUUCCAGAGGGAAACACAGGAUUCUCUAGCAGAUUAGCAGCUACACAAGAUAUUCCUUUUAUUCACCAGUCUCCUGAACUGGGAGACUUGGAUACUUGGCAAGAAAAUACUAAUGCCUGGGAAGAAGAGGAAGAUGCUGCCUGGCAGGCAGAAGAAGUUCUUAGACAACAGAAGAUAGCAGAAAGAGAAAAAAGAGCAGCAGAACAACAGCGAAAGAAAAUGGAGAAAGAGGCCCAAAGGCUAAUGAAAAAGGAACAAAACAAAAUUGGUGUAAAACUGUCCUAACAGAAACCAGGCAUCAGUGGCAGUGCCAGUGAAAAAGAGAAUUUCAGCUCUACAACAUACGUAUUGGUAACGAUUUCAGUAUUUCUAGGACUUCAACACACUGCUUGGUUUCAAUGCAUUCUUCAGGUCAUCUUGGAAGCCAGGAUUCUCCCAAAUAUCUUGAACUACUAGUAAGUGGUUCUUAAAGGAGAAAAAAACAAACAAACCAGAAAAUCAUGCCUUGAUGGAAUGAUGUUUCCUGCAAUAGUUCUAUUCCAGCACCCUUCUUUGCAGCAAAAGCGAUUGAACAAGGAUGUUGAUUGAAAGACACUCUUAAUGAACAGCUCAAACCUAGAGAAAAGAAUGUAAAUAUUCAGUGAUGGGAAAUCUACUGUAUUGUCUGUGCUUACCUGAAUCAUAUAAUUAAACAGUUUUAAAGAACCCUUUGCUUCCUGCUUGAUAAAGAAUGUCUACUUUUGCCUUUUUAUAAAAAUAUUUAUAAGUACUUCAGUGUUUUCCAGUGGAGAUCAUAUUGAGCUGUACAGAAGAAAAUGACUUGUUAUGGAUGACCUGCAACUCUAAAUGUACUCCUGGUAGAGUACCGUACGGUAGAACACAAGUCAAGCUGAACAGUAAAGUGGAUUUCUUGUCACUUUGUCCCUUGCAGCUUCCUGUGCUGCCGUGCCCAUUUACAUGCAACACUGCAAUAGCCACAUAGCAGUGGUGCACCCUGCUCAUUUCUUCUGAAGGCUGAUGUUGUGAACGUAGGGGAGCAAUUUAAUCACUUGUAUUGGAAAAAUUGUAUUUCUAGCAGAAAUUCUUUUACUUCCUACAGUUAGGAAAAAAAAAUCCUCAUACCUUAUACUCGUUGCAUAGGUAGUGUAAUUGAAAAAAAAAAUUGUAUUCUGUUAAUAAAAGC